UAGUGUCUAUAAAGCUCAGCACCCCCCUGAAGAAAUUAAAGGGGCUCAAGAGAUACAAGAAGACAAAGAUAUCCAAGUGGAAAUGCCUGUUGACCAGGUUCCAGCUGAGGUUGUUCAAGAAGAAGACAUUUAUUCAAAUGUUGGGGAUGUAGAUGAGCAGCCUUCAGAAGGGGACAAAAAAAGUAUCUAUGAGAAAGAAGAAAGACAAGAAGUGGAGGCAGAAGAGGAAGAGGAGGAGGAAGAAGAAAAACCUGUGCAGAAAAAGGAGAAAAAAGGCGUUUUCAAAAAAAUGUUCGGAUUCUUUUUCAGCAAAUCAAAGAAGAAAGAUACAAGAGAAGAGUAUACAGAUGAACAAGAUGCAAAGAAACAGAAGCCAUUCUACUCUGCACAGAAUGAACAUUUUGAUGCAUAUGAUUAUGAUUGAAGGGACUAUUUUGAACAUCAUGCCAUCUGUGGUUGUAAAGGAUUUCAAAGGUGCAACUCAAGGAACAUUGUGUUUACUACCAGUUAUAUCUUCAACACAACCAUCUAAAAUGAUAGCUCCUUCUUUCCAACACAAUUAGAAAUGUAAACUUUAAUUGUUGGUUUUGUGCUCCCUAUUUUGUUGCCAUCUAUGUGUUUGUUCCCCAUUAGGGUUUGGUAAGGAUGAAGAUGUUAAAUUAUUUAGCAAAACUCCCACAUUUAGUGUUUUUUUGCUAUACAAGUUGUUGGUGAUUAAUUCUUUUUGUAAUUUCCUGAUGAAUUAUUUCUCCAUGUCAGCCUAAUCAGCAGGCCUGCUGUGAAAUAUAAUUGCACUUGCAAGAAAAUUAACUUCUCAUGAGAGGAAUAAAUUUCAUGAUUAAAUUUGGUGGCAUGAAUAACAUUCAAAUACCCAAGCAGAAUGGCAUGCUGAUCUUUGCCAUGAUUUGAUGACCUUUCUAAAAGAACAAAAUAAUGUUUUUGAAACAGUCCAGUGUGUCACAACUCACAGCAGACUAGAAAAAUGUUUAAAGCAACCAAAUAUACUCUUGGAAAAUCAAGGAACAU